AUGCAAUACGUCUCUGGACUAUUCUCUCCUUUCAAAAACAGUCGCUUAUUUGGUUCUUCCAAGAAAGCUUCCGGAACUCCCAAAGCACAAAAACGCGAGGAAGAACAGCUGUUGAAAUCAGAAAAGCAACAGAAACAACAACAGCAUACCCUUCUUAAUUUUUCGCCGGAAGAGUUACCUUCCCUUCCUUGGGAUCAGCAAGAAUCCACAAAGAACACUUUAAUACAAUCUUCUCGCUCAGCGGAUGCACCAUUGAAGAGACAGUCUAUCCGAAGGCACUCUUCAGACGCGGCUAAAAGUAUGAGGGAACGCCGCCGUCAAAGCCGCGAAAAACCGGCGAGCUUAAAUUUAACCGAGAAAAUUGAGCGCGAAUAUAUUGAAGUCUCUGAUGAAAAGGAUCAUACGCCUCUUACUACACCGCAGGAGCGCUCUCGCCCAUCAAGCUCAGAGUUUUACAGUUCGCAGAAUGGACAUUCUAUCUCUCAGAAGAACGACGAUUCUGUCGUUCCUCGUACACCACCUCAAGAGAAGCGAUCAUCUUCGUCUUUCGUUUAUGCCACCGAACUCAAACAGACAAUAUACAAAAGUACUGUACCUCAAUCAACAGCAGACUAUUCGUCUCGUCGAAACAAUACUAACGAGAACUUUGAUGCUUUUGAACGCGAGGCCAGGUCCUCAUCAACUUCAUCCGCUAGUGCAGACGGAGCAAAUCGCGAGUUCAUGAAGACGGCCAGUCUUUCAGCUCCUCGACGACCUCCCGUACAACGCCGACCGCUGUCAGAUUCAUUAACUGGGCGCACCAAGAUGUUGACUUCAUCGCGAAGAUCGAGUGAUAGUGUAUUAUUAUCGGGCGUUAACCUGCCGCCUGCACGCUAUGAACAUAGGGAAAUGAAGAGAAUGUCAUUACACGAAUAUCACAAAUAUCAGCAAGAAAUGGUCGUUGUGCAAUUAAAAAAGAAUCAAGAAAAAGCAUCGAAACGAGCCCUAGCUAAUAAGAAAUUGGCAGAGAUGAAUACGUCUCGACCAAUGGGACCAACGCUAAUACAGAUGCAGCAAGAAUAUAAGGAACAAUUAACUUCUAUGGUAGGGAUACAGAAUAAGCCAGUUUCAAAACGGCAUGGUUUUGCUGAUGGUCCAAAGUCAAAUGUCGUUUAUAAACGGCAUAGCGCUGUGGAAUAUGGCACGACAAGAAGAGCCUUGGAUGGAUCUGCGGGUAUGGAAAACAGAAAGAGGUCGCAUACAGUGGACGGAGCGAUGCACACCGCUACCGACAAGCGCAAGAGUUAUGAUGCAUCACCCUCUGCGAGUACCAACAGUAGUUACUCGAAACGUCUUGGGGCCAAGUUAAUGGAUGAGACGGGAGAUACUCGUCCCAACAUCACAGCAAACACGUUUGUACCGCCGCCGUCAAGUAAAUACCAUCCCGGUUUACAAGCGCAGUCUUUACCAUCUCGCUACAUGUCCAAACAGAUGCAUAGCAUUAUUGAGGAACAGCAUCACCCAUAUUUACAUGGGAAAAGCUGUUCAGAUUCUCUACUUCAAAAGCGCGCUUUUCCACAGCCUGAGAGACAUUCACCCAUGUUUUCACCAUCAUUCCAACAUUCUGCCAGUUCUUUAUCGUCUAGCUCAACUAAUCAUUCUAGCAGCAGCGGUAGUCGGACAGCGGCACGAAAAUCUACACUAAGCAAUGCCUAUUCGUCCGGAAGUAGACCUUUAUCUGCAUAUUAUGGUACUGGAGUUCAAACGGAAAAAAAGUCGAGGAGAAAAAGUACACUCAAAUAA